AACGUUAUGCAUGCUGCAAGAAUUGUACCCACUGGUAUACCUACCUUUUACAUGUGCACAAUUUGUUUACGUUUCACUCGCCAGGCAUGGUUGUGGUUUUAAAAGUGCUCCAAAAUUCAAAAGUAAUUGCAAGAAACUUUGCCGCACAUUUCUCUUUAUUCCGGAGGUAUAAAUCAAAUAAAUCAAUGGCAAAUAGCCGCUUUGAAUAUGUUAAGAGUUUUGAACAGCCUGAUAAAUUGCUACCGAACUGCUGGAUCGUGAUACGUGUGGAUGGAAAAGGUUUCCACAAAUUCUGUAACGUACAUGCUUUUGAGAAACCUAACGAUGAGCUUGGUUUGAAUUUGAUGAAUCUGGCUGCAGUUGCGGUAAUGCAAGAGUUCAACGAAAUAAUCCUUGCAUAUGGACAAAGUGACGAAUAUUCGUUCGUAUUUCGUAGAGAUGCUUCCGUUUAUGAACGGCGAAAAGAUAAGCUUAUAAGCUAUCUUUGUAGUUUGUUCACAUCUGCCUACCUUUUCAACUGGAGCUAUAUUUUCAAAGAUACUAAAACUUUGAAAUAUCCACCGGUGUUUGAUUCACGCGCUGUUCUUUAUCCGACGGACCAAAACAUCCGAGAUUACUUAAGCUGGCGACAAGCGGAUUUGCAUAUAAAUAAUUUAUACAAUACUACUUUUUGGAAACUGGUUGCCUCGGGCCUGACAAACAAUAAGGCAGAAGAACGGCUAAGAGGUACGUUUUCCAGUGAUAAAAAUGAAAUCCUUUUCAAGGAGUUCGACAUAAACUAUAACAAUGAACCGAUAAUGUAUCGAAAAGGUACGAUCCUAGUGCGGAAAAAGGUUAUCAUACCCGAUAUGGGAAAACAAGUAAAGCUCAUCGUACCGUUGUUUGAAGAUAUGAUUCAAGAUUGUUUUUGGAAAAAGCAUCUCGAACUUUUGGAUGAGCGAAUGAAAUCCAAUGAAGUUUUUGACCUUGGCUUACAAAGCAAUCAUGUGAUCCUGCAAUAUCAGAUCGAAAAGUAUAAAAAACAACGGGAAGGUUCACAAAGCAAGUUGAAAGAAACGAGCGGAGCAUCGAUCUGAUUCAAUAAAGUUGAAUAAAUUUGAAAGUCAA